AUGAGCAGACUGACUCCACAAUGGGAAAUGAGGCCAGUUACCCGGUGGAAAUGUGCUCCCACCUUGACCAAGACGAAAUUAAACGGCUGGGCAAGCGGUUUAAAAAGCUGGACUUGGACAGCUCGGGCACUCUGAGCAUGGAGGAGUUCACGUCCCUGCCGGAGCUGCAGGAGAACCCACUGGUGCAGCGAGUGAUCGACGUCUUCGACACAGACGGCAAUGGAGAGGUGGACUUCAGGGAAUUCAUCCUGGGGACCUCCCAGUUCAGUGUCAAGGGAGACAAGGAGCAGAAGCUGAAGUUUGCUUUCAGCAUCUACGACAUGGACAAAGACGGCUACAUUUCCAACGGGGAGCUCUUUCAGGUGCUGAAGAUGAUGGUGGGGGACAACCUGAAAGACUGGCAGUUACAGCAAAUCGUGGACAAAACCAUCAUCAUCCUGGACAAGGAUGGCGACGGGAAAAUAUCCUUCCAAGAAUUCAGUGCUGUGGUCGGAAACCUGGAGGUCCACAAGAAGCUGGUAACAAUGAUGUGAGCUUUUAUAAGAGCACCAUCCAACAACGACUUUUUCUUUCCUCUCCAUCUCUUUAAAGAUCAGCUCAAGAUGCCCAGCAACUGUCUCUCUGACCUACUGCAAAGUAUUUCUCUUUAUGAAGCAACAUUUUCUAACACCAGCCUCUUGACCACCGCAGUGUUACUAAUUCUUCCCCACUCAGUGAUUCAGGGUAACUCCCUAAGUCGGGGAGAACAAGAUGGAGGAGCAUGGGGGGGAAAGGAAAAGAAAUGGCUUUUAUGGAUGUAUUUUUUCUGUGUUUUGAUUCAGAGACCGAACUAUAAAGAGUGAAGAAGAACUUUGAAAGUUCAAAAAUAAGAAAAUAUACAUCUUU